GGAGAGCAAAGGGAAAGGAGAGCAAAAAAAAAGAGAGAGAGAGAGGAGGACAGCUCAGCAAAUCAGCCCAGUAGCAUUCCUCUCACAGCUGCAGUGAUCUAGGCUGGGAGAGGAAGUUUAUCUCGCCAGAAGAGAAAAGAAAAAAUACAAGAAAUUGUAUUUUUAUUUUUUUCUGUGGGUGAAUAAAUCGGAGGACUCCCUGGAGAGGAAAGGGAACAUUAAGAAAGAGGAAUCAGAGAGCUUCUGCAGCCUCCGAGUGUCCUCCAGGGGAAGAUGGAUUCAGACUCCGGAGAGCAGAGUGACGGAGAUCUCUCUCCAGGACAGGAGAGCUUUAACUCUCGCUCCCUGGCCAUGCAGGCCCAGAAGAAGAUCCUGAGUAAGAUGGCGACCAUGGUGGUGGCCAACAUGCUGACUGAUGACACUAGCAGCGAGAUCUUGGAUGAGCUCUACAAGGCGAGCCGGGAGUUCACCAAGAGCAAGAAGGAGGCCCACAAGAUCAUCAAGGACGUCAUCAAGAUUGCUCUGAAGAUCGGCAUCUUAUACCGCAACCACCAGUUCAGCUCUGACGAGCUGGACACAGUGGAGCGCUUCAAGAAGAAGAUGAACCAGGCGGCCAUGACGGCGGUGUCGUUCUACGAGGUGGAGUACACCUUUGACAGGAAUAUUCUGUCAGAGCUCCUGCUGGAGUGCAGGGACCUGCUUCACACCCUGGUCGAGCAGCACCUGACAGCUCGCUCACAUGCACGCAUCGAUCACGUUUUCAACCAUUUUGCCCACGGGGAGUUCCUGGCCGAGCUGUACGGGGACGGAGAGGAGUACAGACUCUCUCUGAGGAAGAUCUGCAACGGCAUCAACAAACUGCUGGAUGAAGGAACGCUUUAACCUCUCACACAUGACCUCUUUCACUUCUAGCUCUUUCUCCCUUUCUUGCUGAUCUCGCCUGCCUCCAUCUAUUUCCUUUUCACCUGCUCACCCCUGACCACUCACAUCCUCUGCCUUCUUUUUGCUCUCAUCUUCCUGAGUCUGCUGCAUCCAUUUCCAUGGAGCUAGUUGUAACAUCCUGAUGCUGUGGUUCAGUGAGGGAAAUUUUUUUAGACUGUCUCUCCACUCAGUGGAUCAUCGCUGCGCACUGGGACAGCCUGUUUCACGUUGUAUGCAUUCCAAGUGAUCACCUUUGUCUGCAAAAGUGUACUGUACCAAAAAAAAAAAAAAAACAUACAUUAGGUAUAUUUUGAUAUGGAAGAUUAUCAGUAGUAGUGAUUGGUCCCUCUGUGUGUGUGUGUGGGUAUGUGUGUGUGUGUGUGUGUGUGCACAUGUGUUCGUAUGGGAUUUUCUUGAAUAAUGUGUUUGUACAUAAGACAAACUAUGACAUGGUGUGUGUAUCAUGUAUCUGUGUCAAUCUUCUCUACAAGGGUGUAACACUUGUCUUUUAUUAAAGAUUUCUUGUAAACAUUA